CCUUUUUCCCCUGCCGGUCCCCCAGGUUCUUUUAACUGGUUUCUUCCCCGCGGGACCGGUCGCUCUGGGUGCUAUUGUUUUCGUCUUGAAUCUGUCUUCCUGUUUCUGCUGUCGCCGCGACCAUGACCGAGGAAACUCACAUUGGCGAUUUGCUCGCUACCGCCGAUCAGAAGCAUGAGACCUCGGAUUCCCACCGCGAGACUCUGCCGUUGGUGGUCACCGAGGAAGAGGCUCUGGCUCGGGCCAGGAACCAACCUGAGGUAGCCCUGCCGUUACGCAUCACCUUUGGUCCCCAGGAUCGGGACAACCCUCGCUGCUGGGGUUAUUGGCGCAAAUGGUACAUUACCUUGUUCGUCAGCAUGCUGAAUGUUGUGACCACCUGGUCCUGCGGUUCGUUUUCGUCCGGUGCUACCGGCAUCGCCGAGCAUUUCCACGUCUCCACCGAAGUCACCACUCUGUGUCUGUCCAUGUACGUACUGGGAUAUGCCAUCGGACCCGUGUUGCUGGCACCACUGUCCGAGUACUUUGGCCGCCAACCCAUCUACAUCGUGUCCUGGUUCAUCAUGUCCCUCUUCCAGAUGCCUCUGGCGCUGGCUCCGAACAUUGGCACGAUCAUCGUGUGCCGCUUCAUCGCGGGCUUCGCCGGCGGCGCGCCCUUGACCAACACCGGCGGCACAAUUAGCGAUCUGUGGGAGCGUAACAGCAGCGGUGGGCCCAUGGCAUUCUACGGGCUCAGCAGCACGUUUGGCCCGCCCAUGGCACUGGUUAUCAGCGGCUAUAUCGGUCUGAACCUCAACUGGCACUGGAUCUUCUGGAUCAUGAUGGCCAUCACCGGUGGCGUAUGGAUUGCCCUGGUCCUAACCAUCCCAGAAACCCGCCACAGCAUCAUCCUGCAGCGCAAGACCGCGCGCAUCCGCAAGCAGAUGCAACGCGAAGGUUUGCGCUCGGCCGAGUCGACCACUGACCUCCAUGCCGAUGACCGGAAGGGCCUCCACCAGCUGUUCGGUAUCACCCUCACCCGUCCUUUCCGCUUCCUGUUCACUGAGCCCAUCACCACCUUCUCCGCCAUCUACAACGGCUUCCUCUACGGCCUGGUCUACCUCUUCAACGAAGCCUUCCCUCUCGUCUUCGGCUCCCCCAACGGCCACGGCUUCAACGUCGGCCAGCAAGGUCUCUGCUUCCUGGGGAUGGCGAUCGGCCCGAUCAUCGCCUUUGCCCUGUCCCCGCUCCAGGAGCGCUACUACCUCCGUCGCGUGGCCGAAAACAGCGGUCGCAGUGUCCCGGAAGCGCGCAUGUGGAUGGCGCGGGGCGGCUCGCUGUUGAUCCCGAUCAGUCUCUUCUGGUUCGGCUGGACCAGCUAUCGCUCCGUGCACUGGAUCGUGCCCAUCAUCGCGUCCUCCUUCUUCGGCGCGGGUCUCUACAUUGUGAUCCUCAGUAUCCUCAACUACGUCGUCGACAGCUACCAGACGUAUUCGGCCUCGGCCCUAGCGGGCGUGAUUCUCGUGCGGAAUAUCGUGGGCGCGGGGUUUCCCCUGUUUGCCACGCAGAUGUACGAGAAGUUGGAUUACGAGUGGGCGUCCAGUCUGCUGGGGUUCAUUGCCAUUCUGCUGGUGCCGAUUCCGUUUAUCUUUUUCUAUAAGGGCCGGGCGAUUCGGUUGAGGAGCCCGUGGGCGCGGGAGCACUUUGAUUCGAAUGAGGAUAGUCCGCACUGAUCCAUCCAAGAGAGAGAUUUAGAUUGUAUAUACAUGACUGAUGACUUUGCAAUAGAGCUUCUUCCUCCCACCCUCAUGUAGUAUACCUCCCUCCCCCAAACCAAGUACACACACACCCUCCCCACAUCGAUAGCCGAUCGUUUCGAAUUCGAUGACCUUGGGCCA